AUGUCGCGACUCUGGGACCCCAGUCGAGCUGCUUGGCUGUAUCCUCUUCGGGGUAUUUACUACUUUGCGUCCAAUCGGUUCCUAUGGCCUCUCUUCAAGGCUCGUCUUCUUCCCAUCGUCCUCCUAUCAACCUUCAUAUACUUUAUUCUCUUCUUCUUCACCUAUUUGCCUCAGGUAGCUUUCCUUGCUGUCUUCCAGGGCAGCUCAGCAUGGGUGAGCGGCGCCUUCUUGGUGCUUGGUGAAGGUGCAGCAAUUGUUGCCGCACUCUUCGAGGCAUUCUUUGUCGAUGAGACCUUGGUGGAUAUUUUUGAUGCAGUAUUGGUGAAAGAGGGCCAAGAGGAGCUUGUUACUACAUCGCGCGUCAUCUAUCCCGAGCCCGGUAACCCGGCCAAGCGUCUCGGCACACCGACCACCAAUGCCGUCUACUCCCCAUUCUCGCUACGCCAGAUCGCCGAGUUUAUCAUCCUGCUUCCACUCAUCUUUAUUCCGGUCGCUGGAACUCCUAUGUUCCUAGUUUUGACAGGCUAUCGUGCCGGUCCCUUCCACCAUUGGCGCUACUUCCACCUGCUUGACAUGUCUAAGCAGCAGAGAAAGGAAAGUAUAAGACGGCGCCAGCUCCAGUACACCACCUUCGGGACGGUUGCUUUGCUCCUCCAAUUGAUUCCUCCUUUCUCCAUGCUAUUUCUGAUGACCACAGCUGCUGGGUCGGCGCUUUGGGUGACGGACCUCGAACGUAAACGACGAGCCGCCGCCCAACAGUCUAGCCGACUGGGCGAGCAAUACCGCGAUGACAUUAUGCCAUGA